UGUCAACUGUCGAGGCAAAGGUUGUUUCUGUGAUAAAAAUUUGUAAAUGUAAACAAUAUUAAUUCGUAAAUCAUUAUAAUUAAAAAUGGCAAGAAACGCAGAGAAGGCUAUGACAACAUUGGCGCGAUGGCGUGCAGCACAAGUGCAAGAAGCUGGUGGACAGCGGGAACGCCGGCCGUACCUCGCCUCUGAGUGCAAUGAUCUGCCUCAAGCUGAGAAAUGGAGACUGCAAAUUGUUAGAGAAAUAGCAAAAAAAGUUGCACAGAUACAAAAUGCCGGCCUCGGAGAAUUCAGAAUAAGAGACCUAAACGAUGAGAUCAACAAGCUAAUGCGCGAGAAACGUCACUGGGAGGUCCAAAUAAAAGCACUCGGCGGUCCGGACCACGCACGCGUUGGUCCCAAAAUGUUGGAUCAAGACGGCAAAGAGGUACCUGGUAACAGAGGCUACAAAUAUUUUGGAGCUGCUAAAGAUUUGCCAGGAGUGCGAGAGUUGUUCGAGCAGGAGCCGCCGGCCGCGCCUCGUCGCACGCGCGCUGACCUCAUGCGUGACGUAGAUGCGGACUACUACGGCUACCGGGACGAUGAUGACGGCUUGCUGCUGCCGCUGGAGAAGGAGGCCGAGGAACACGCAAUAUCCAGAGCUGUCGACGAAUGGAAGAGAAACAAAGAGGAAAAUACUGACCAAGAUCUGCCGGAAGAAGAAAAUAUAUACCCAGAAGAUCCUAACGACAGGAGAAUAGAAGACGAAACUAUCAGUGAGCCCACAGUGACUUCACACGUCGCAGUUCCGUCACAGAAGGAUGUGGAAGAAGCGCUUCUGAGAAGAAAGAAACAAGAACUUCUAGAAAGAUACGGUUGCUUAGAUGUGAAAAUGGAAGAGAGUUGACAUUUAUAAUAAAUAUUAUUUUAUAGUUUAUUUUA